CUGCCAUGGCGGUACCUCGUUGAAACGCCGCAGGACGGAGAAGAAGAAGCUGCAAGACAACUCUCUCUCUCUCUCUCUCUACCUUGAGUGAGCUCCGGCUAUGGAGGACGAGGCGGAGAUAUACGACGGCGUGAGAGCUCAGUUCCCCCUCACCUUCGGCAAGCAGUCCAAGCCCCAGACUUCCCUCGAAUCCGUCCACAGCGCCACCCGCCGCGGCGGCCCUGCCCCCCGCCCCGCCCCCGCCCCCGACCCCGCUUCCUCCUCCUCUCUUCCCUCUACUACCUCCGCCGCCGGCGACGCCGGCGCCGGCAAGAGCAGCGGCCUCCCUUCUCUCUCCUCCUCCUCCGCAGCCUGGCUCGAGGGGCUCCGGGCCGGAAACCCUAGGGCCGGCCGCGAGGCCGGAAUCGGCUCCCGCGGUGGCGACGGUGAGGACGGCGGUCGUGCGAUGAUAGGUCCACCUCGCCCGCCGCCGGGAUUUAGCGCCAAUGAUGAUGGCGGGGACGAGGACGGCGAGGACGACGAUGACGACGGGGUUAUGGUUGGCCCGCCGCCGCCUCCUCCUAGGAACCUUGGAGAUGAUGAUGACGAUGAGGAGGAGGAAGAGGCGAUGAUUGGUCCGCCAAGGCCGCCGGUUGUGGAUUCGGACGAGGAGGAAGAAGAGGAAGAAGAGGAGAAUCGGUAUCGGCUACCUCUCAGCAAUGAGAUCGUGCUCAAAGGCCAUAAUAAGAUCGUAUCUGCUCUUGCGGUUGAUCCCACUGGUUCUCGGGUUCUAUCUGGCAGUUAUGAUUACACUGUACGGAUGUUCGACUUUCAAGGAAUGAAUUCUCGCCUAUCAUCAUUUAGAGAUUUUGAGCCAGUUGAAGGUCAUCAAGUCCGUAACUUAAGCUGGAGUCCGACGGCAGACCGAUUUCUGUGCGUAACUGGCUCUGCUCAAGCUAAGAUCUAUGAUCGUGAUGGGCUUACAUUAGGUGAAUUUGUGAAGGGAGACAUGUAUAUCCGUGAUUUGAAAAAUACUAAGGGCCAUAUAACUGGAUUGACUUGGGGAGAGUGGCACCCUAAAACAAAGGAGACGAUUUUAACAUCAUCUGAGGAUGGAUCUCUUCGCAUAUGGGAUGUGAAUGACUUUAAAAGUCAAAAGCAGGUUAUUAAACCAAAGCUUGCAAGGCCUGGAAGAGUACCUAUGACAACAUGCACUUGGGAUCGUGAGGGCAAAUGCAUUGCAGGUGGUAUUGGAGAUGGUUCAAUACAGAUCUGGAACCUUAAACCCGGAUGGGGAAGCAGGCCGGACAUUCAUGUUGAGCAAGCUCAUUCAGAUGAUAUAACUGGGCUUAAGUUUUCCAGUGAUGGGAAAAUUUUACUGACAAGAAGCUUUGAUGAUUCACUUAAGGUGUGGGAUUUGCGCCUUAUGAAAAAUCCCCUCAAAGUUUUUGAAGAUCUUCCAAAUCACUAUGCUCAGACAAAUAUUGCAUUUAGUCCUGACGAACAGCUAUUCUUGACUGGAACUUCUGUUGAAAGGGAGUCUACAAUUGGAGGCUUGUUGUGUUUCUUUGAUCGAUCUAAACUUGAGCUUGUAUCAAGAAUUGGGAUUUCUCCUACUUGUAGUGUCGUGCAGUGUGCCUGGCACCCCAGGCUGAACCAGAUCUUUGCAACUUCUGGGGAUAAAAGCCAAGGAGGAACUCACGUUCUUUAUGAUCCUACUCUCAGUGAGAGAGGAGCUCUUGUUUGUGUUGCUCGUGCACCAAGGAAAAAAUCUGUGGAUGACUUUGAGUUAAAGCCUGUCAUUCACAACCCCCAUGCAUUGCCUUUGUUCAGGGAUCAGCCAAGCCGUAAGCGUCAACGUGAAAAGAUCCUCAAGGAUCCAUUAAAAUCCCACAAACCAGAGCUUCCCAUGAAUGGACCUGGACAUGGUGGAAGAGUUGGUGCAAGCAAGGGAAGUUUAUUGACCCAGUAUCUUCUUAAGCAAGGAGGUAUGAUUAAGGAGACGUGGAUGGAUGAAGAUCCUAGAGAAGCUAUACUGAAGCAUGCUGACGCCGCAGAAAAAAAUCCAAAGUUCACCCGUGCAUAUGCUGAAACCCAGCCAGACCCUGUUUUUGCAAAAUCUGAUUCUGAAGAUGAAGAUAAAUGAUGUCCUAUCCUGCAGUGCUUCUUUUGGAUCCUUGCUGCCGUCAUUGGACACGUGAGGAAGAAAACUGGGAUCGGACUACUGAUACAGCAAGCAAAUCAUCUGUUGACCAGCUGGAGUGUCAACAAAGAAUGGGUUUUCUUUACUCAAUUAAUUUGACUGGUCUGCUGGGUUCAAUUAAUCGAGACAUCAACUCCGAGUUCAAAACCAGGAAUUCUCUAGGAAAGUAUCUCUUGCAUUUUGCUGGCCUUCUUCAUCAUAUGAUGUGCAGUUUACAUUAUUAUGGUUCGAGUAUUAUUUAGCUGCCCUAUCUUAAGUCAUGGAGGCUUUACUUUGCUGAGAAAUGUACCUUUAGCGAUGUGAUGCAAUAGCAGUCUUUCAUAUUUAUGUGGUGUAAGAGACGGAAUCAAUUGUUUAGCUUCCUCAUCAGAUCAAUUAAGUUCAUGCAACUAAGCUUUUCACUGUAAUGGAGGCAGUUUCUGCUACACGAUGUGCAACGAUCUGCCAAUGGGGCAUUCGACAA